AUGGGAAGCCUCUGGCCAGCACUGGUGGUUGGCUGGGCACGCCAGUUACCUGCACUUCUGGUUGGUAAUUAUUUCGCCUCUGUGGAGAGGACUAUUGCCGUUCAUCGGCCUAGUAACUACUAUCGACAUUGGAACUACAGCUAUAAAUUGAAACGGCUCUUCCUACUACUUGUCGUUCAAAUGGUCUCAAUCGCCAUAGCGGCUUACACUUCUCACGGUCUGCAUACGCUGAAUUCAUCGCAGCAUUGCCCAGUGCUUUCCUCAACACAUAUCGCCUAUUGUACGGCCCACUUUCUCUUCGUUGUUCUGGCUUAUGUGAUCAGUUUUGUAACACUGCUCUACAUAUUCAGGAGUAGACAGGGCUACAGCCAAGUGAACUCAGCGCCGUUUCGACGAUGUCAAGGUUCACGACGCGAGUCAAAUCUGAAGGUAUUCAUGAUGACGUCACUGAUGUGCAUUGUGUUCAUGUCGAUUCCUGCAUUUGCCAGUCUUCUUAUUCGAUGGAAUGUCGUCCAGGGCAGCGAAUUCGUGCUCGGAAUAUCUAUAGUGCCACCAGGGUUGAUAUCGAUUGGAACGACAAUGGUGAAUUGUGUUUUCCAUCGCGAAUACCGUAGUAAUAUGCUUCGAAUAUUUUACUGGACGUCAAAAAACAAGUCAACAGGGCGGAGUAUAGAUGGCAGCGAGGUGUUUCCCGAAAAGCUGUCACCACGGGUCAGUAGUUCACUCAUCUGCGGUCGAGAACGCGGUUCCAGCCGGCAAUUUCCACUCAUCAACAAUACGGAGAUCAUGUUGUAA